AUGAGGGUCACAAAUCUGUUCAGUCUGUCCACGGGGUUUGUCCUUGUGUCUCAAUCCUUUGCGUGGAAACUUCAAUUCUUUGGCGCUGGCGGUUACAAUUCCGCCUUCGAAAGUGGCACAUUCGACGUCAAUUGCAAAAACCUUCCAUCCUCCAUCAACGACCUAAUCGUUGGUAUUAUCUUCGACCCUGCCACUCGAUUGUUUUGGGAUCCAAAAGGUUUCAUCGCUUAUGAAGAGCCUGGAUGCAAGGGGCAUAAAUACAUUGGACAUCUUGGAAACAACGGUUUCAAGUAUCCGUUUCGUAAAUUCAAAAGCUACGAACUACACUAA